GUACAAGUAUGGAUUCCACAUCUUUGUGAAGGAUCUAUAAAUAGCCCCCAGUUGGAGUUUGGUUGAAGCACUGGGACAGCUGAUGAAGCCUGAAAUCCUGACAGCAAAGCGGAACUGUUUCAACCCUGCCUCUUCUUUCUCAACCACUAACAGAAGUGCGGAAGAGAGAGCGCUGGACUAGCCAUUGACUGACCAUUAGGGAUAGUACGCGAUCAAUAUGGCUAUACCUAUAGAUCCCAUGGAGGAGCCACGCAUGUACCAGCAAACCCUGCUGCAAGAUGGUCUAUACGAUCUUCUGGAGAGCGAUAUGAUGGUUGACUGCGUGUUGAAGAUCAAAGACAAAGAGUUUCCAUGCCACCGUUUGGUCCUGGCCGCUUGCAGCUCGUACUUCAGAGCUUUCUUCAAGUCAGGUAUGGAGGAGAGUAAACAGAAGGAGAUCGUACUGGAGGAUGUGGAGCCUGGCGUCAUGGGGAUGAUCUUGAAGUACCUCUACACCUCGAACAUCAACGUGACGGAGCAAAACGUGCAGGACAUCUUCGCUUUGGCCAACAUGCUUCAAAUCCCCUCGAUUUUCACUGUAUGUGUCUCGUUCCUGCAAAAGCGAUUGAGUUUGAGCAACUGUUUGGCGAUUUUUCGACUAGGACUGAUGCUGGAUUGUCCUCGUCUAGCCAUAUCUGGGAGGAACUUUGCUUGCGAGCGCUUCCAGUUUAUUGCCCGGGAUGAAGAAUUCCUGCAACUGACUCCAAGCGAAUUGGCGGCCGUUAUUGCAUCUGACACUUUGAACGUAGAAACGGAGCAAGACGUUUUUGAGGCUUUGAUCAAGUGGGUUGGACAUGACCAAGAAAAGAGGCUGAAGGACCUACCGAGUCUGCUGGACUGCAUCAGAUUACGUCUGGUUCCUCAGGACUACUUCACCAAAAAUGUGGAGGAACAUGAAUGGUUGAGCUCGAACCCAGAGAUCAUGAAGAAACUGCAACUGGUCAAAGACGCCCAUGCUGGGAAGCUUCCAGAAGUCAAGAAGACCAAAAGCAAAAAGAGUGCUGGUGAGGAAGGACAGAAGGAGGGAGAUGAAGAGGAGGAAGAAGAGCAGGAGGAGCUACUUCCAGGCAUCUUGAAUGACAAUCUGCGGUUCGGGAUGUUCCUGAGAGACUUGAUCUUCAUGAUCAAUGACACUGCAUCGGUGGCUUAUGACCCAACGGGAAAUGAUUGUUAUGUGGCGGCACUCUCAACCCAAAUCCCUAAAAACCACUGCAGUCUGGUCACAAAGGAAAACCAGAUAUUUGUGGCAGGUGGACUCUUUUUUGAUGAGCAAAGCAAAGACGAACAGAUCUAUUCAUACUUUUUGCAGUUUGACCCUGCAACAUCGGACUGGAUGGGUAUGCCUCCCAUGCCCUCCCCCCGCUUCCUGUUCGGGAUGGGUGAGGCUGAAAACGUCAUCUUUGUGAUUGGAGGGAAAGAAAUGAAAGAAGGAGAACACAUUCUGGAAACAGUUAUGGUUUAUGACAGACAGUAUCUUAAAUGGGCCGAGUCGGAUCCUCUUCCCUACCCAGUAUAUGGCCAUGGAGUAGUGUCUCAUAAUGAAAUGAUCUAUGUAAUCGGAGGAAAGGGAGAGAACAAAGAGUGUUUGAAUAGAGUGUGUGCGUAUGACACUAAAAAGCAUCAGUGGAUGGAUCUGGCUCCAUUAAAUACUGCACGCUCACUUUUUGGGGUCACCAUCCACAAAAACAAGAUCUACGUGGCAGCUGGUGUUACGGACACUGGCCUUACAGGCAGCGCUGAGGUCUAUGACAUCAAAACCAACAAGUGGUCCGAGUUUGUGGAGUUUCCCCAGGACCGUAGUUCUCUUAGCCUGGUCACUGUGGGUGGUGUCCUCUAUGCUGCGGGUGGUUUUGCCAUGUUCCCCAAAGAGGGCAGUGAUGAUCUCAUGCCGGAGGAGAUGAAUGACAUCUGGAGGUAUGAUGAGGGCGAGAGGAAAUGGAUCGGCAUACUGAGAGAGAUUCAAUAUGCAUCUGGUGCAACAGUUCUGGGAGUUCGUCUCAACAGUCUUCGACUCACAAAAAUGAGAGACAACACCAGUGCUGUCCAUUGAGUCUAUGUACCAAGGAAAGACGGUAUAAACUGAUUUAAAAUCAGCUAUUGGACAAAGGGAAGACUAGAACCAGCACGAACCACAAGAGGACAGAACAUCGAUUUCAUGAAAGUGAUCAUCUGAUAUUCAACAUUCAAACACACUUUACAGAUCAUUUAUCAGUUGGAACAAAAAGAAAAAGCCAUCCAACCCAGGCUUAUUGGAAAAACGUACCUUUGGGGACAUUUCUGCAAAAUGAUAUUAUGUUGCUUCUUGCACAUUUCACGGCAAAGUCACUUUCACUUUCAAA